UAAAUUUGUAGUCGUUGCAGUUGUAUUGGUAUAUAUUAACUCCAUCCUCUUCGAUGGACAAUCUCUGGCGUUGUGACAGAGCUUGAGAGUAACCAGACGCUGGCAUUUUUCAAACCAAUGUGUCACUUGUGGAAAAAAAAAGAAUGCGUUGAUGGCAUCAGCGUUGUUUCACUUACCAGUUACCAGUGCCCCGUAUUGUAUGCAAUGGAGUCUGUGUCGACAUGGAGUUUGUUUGGAAAAUUCAUUAGACUUAAGUGCUUUUUCUCGUCACAAUAUUGCGUUGUUUCAACGAUGAGGAUUUGUUAACUUUGGACGUUAAUAAGACGAACACACCGACAGCAUGUCAGAGCGGAAUUACUGGACUGUGUGCCCGAGUUACAAAAGUCAGUUCGUUUCGGGAGGCUUAGUUAAACGACCCAAAAGUAACCGGAACAAAAGGAAGAGUCUGGCCCCUUCACCUACUCUAUCAAGACCGCUCUCACCCCUGCCUUUCCCAACUGGGAGCAGUCCACUGGACAGUCCUAGAAAUAUCUCCAGCAGUCCUUCUGUCAACUUCCCAUUUAUACGGAGAGCGGACACACGAAGAUGGUCUGUGGCAUCUGUCUCCUCUGGAUAUGGAACCAAUCCCCCCAGCUCUGCCAUUUCAUCUUCCUCCUCAUCACAUGAGCUCUUGCACCAGCUCCCCUCCCACCCCACCCCAGAUGACCUCCAUCGCCUCUUUAAGCAUUUCAGGAGCUCAGAGACUGUGGCAGAUGAGGAUGGACAGCCCUCUCCUUUCCGGCCUCGCUCACGGAGUCUAAGCCCUGGGAGGACAUGUGGGUCCUUUGAUAAUGAGAUUGUGAUGAUGAAUCAUGUCUACAAAGAACGGUUUCCGAAGGCCACAGCUCAGAUGGAGGGACGGUUGCUGACAGUGAUUGCAGACUACUGUCCUGACAGUGCUCCUCCACUUGCUGAUGGACUGCUGGGCUUCAUUCAGCACCAGCUGGUCGAGCUUGUGCGGGACUGUCUGGAGAAGUCCAGAAAAGGCCUCAUCACAUCUUGCUACUUCAUAGAACUCCAGGAAAAAAUAGAAAAUUUGCUGCAUGAGGCUUAUGAGCGCUCUGAGAGUGAGGAAUUGACUGUUAUUGCCAAACUCGUGAAGAAGAUUCUCAUCAUCAUUUCCAGGCCAGCAAGACUCCUGGAAUGUCUGGAGUUUGACCCUGAGGAGUUUUAUCAACGGCUUGAAGUUGCAGAAGACCAGGCAAAAGCUGGCCAGGGAAUCAAAACAGACAUCCCUCGAUACAUCAUCAGCCAACUUGGUCUCACCCGUGACCCCCUGGAAGAAGUGGUGCAGCUUGAGCAAAACAACUCGGGCAGCCCAAACAGAAUAUUGGUUGACACUGCAGAGAAUCGUCCUGAAAGCACAACACCUCGAAGAAAACCUCUGGAAAGAGACUUUGAGACCAUAAAGCUCAUCAGCAAUGGGGCUUAUGGGGCUGUGUACCUGGUACGUCACCGUGGGACACGACAAAGGUUUGCCAUGAAGAAGAUCAACCGGCAGAACUUAAUCCUCAGGAACCAGAUCCAGCAGGUGUUCGUGGAGCGAGACAUCCUGACGUUCGCAGAGAACCCCUUUGUUGUCAGCAUGUUCUGCUCCUUUGAGACACGGCGCCACCUCUGUAUGGUCAUGGAAUAUGUAGAGGGCGGAGAUUGUGCAAAUUUGCUGAAGAAUAUGGGUCCUUUGCCAGUGGACAUGGCCAGAAUGUACUUUGCAGAGACUGUUUUGGCAUUAGAAUAUCUUCAUAAUUAUGGCAUAGUUCACAGAGAUCUCAAACCUGACAACUUACUCAUUACAUCAAUGGGGCACAUUAAACUGACCGACUUUGGUUUGUCGAAAAUUGGUUUAAUGAACAUGACCACAAACCUGUAUGAGGAACACAUGGAGAAAGACACAAGAGAGUUUAUUGAUAAACAGGUCUGUGGCACUCCAGAAUACAUUGCUCCAGAGGUGAUCCUGAGGCAAAGUUAUGGGAAACCUGUGGACUGGUGGGCCAUGGGCAUUGUCCUGUACGAGUUCUUAGUGGGCUGUGUCCCUUUCUUUGGAGACACACCAGAAGAGCUCUUUGGACAGGUGGUCAGUGAUGAGAUAGAGUGGCCAGAGGGUGAUGAUGCAUUGCCUGCUGAUUCUCAAGAUCUCAUCACAAAAUUGUUGAGACAAAGCCCCUUGGGGCGCUUGGGAACUGGUGGAGCGGCUGAAGUCAAACAUCACAUCUUUUUCCAUGGUCUGGACUGGAGUGGACUUCUGAGGCAGAAAGCAGAGUUUAUCCCACAGCUUGAAACUGAAGAAGAUACAAGCUACUUUGACACACGUUCCGACCGCUACCAACACUCUGAGGAGGACGAUGAGACAAACGACGAUGAAUCUUAUCAGGAGAUCAAGUUCUCAUCCUGCUCGCAUCGCUUCAGCAAGGUGUACAGUAGCUCGGAGCAGCUGGCUUCUUCCUCCAUCUUGAGCCUGUCCUCAUCAGAGCGGAGCUGUAGUGAAGAGAAGGAUGACCGAUGGGAUGGUCAUUCAAUGCUCUCUCCAGGAGAAGCACCCAGACAACUGCCAAGUAGUGACAGGAAGCAGGAUGUGCAGAGGGGCAGCCCAAGUCAGAGGCCAAGAGCAUUAUCCAGUUCAUCCCAUCCUGAGAGUGGCUCUAGUCCUGUCAUUCUGAACAGCACUCAGAGCCUUGAGGCAAUGCCACGUUUUGCCUUUCCUGAGGAUGAAGAAGGACUUGUCUCCAGUCUUCAGCGAAUUCGUCUGCGCAGCAACUCCACUGGAACAAGACCUGCUAGUGGCAGGGACCACAAGGGCCCACGUCAACUUGGGCUCCAGCUGGAGACCACCGAGAAAUCAAGAUCAGAUUUUACAUGCAAAGUCUCAAAAUCUGCAUCUGUAUCUGGCAUGUCCCUCAUCGUCACAGCUGAUGACAUCCCUGGUGGGGUCCAAACAAACCCCAUGUCCUCACACUCCCUCUCAUCCAACCCUUCAUCUCGGGACUCUUCCCCAAAUCGAGACCUCUCUCUCAGUGUCAGCAGCCUUCGUCCUCCUGUGGUCAUCCACAGCUCUGGGAGGAAGUAUGGCUUUGCGAUCCGUGCCAUUCGGGUCUACAUGGGGGACACAGAUGUGUACACGGUGCACCACAUGGUCUGGAGCGUUGAAGAUGGCAGCCCUGCUCACGAGGCCGGACUGAGGGCUGGUGACCUCAUAACUCAUGUGAAUGGAGAGUCUAUUCAGGGUCUGGUGCACACUGAUGUUGUGGAGCUUUUGCUGAAAAGUGGGAGUAAAGUGACCCUGCAGACAACUCCACUUGAGAAUACUUCCAUUAAAACUGGGCCUGCAAGAAAGACCAGCUAUAAGGGAAAGAUGGCACGACGCAGCAAAAAAAGCACAAGGAAAGAGGGUCAAGACAGCAAACGACAUAACCUUUUAAAGAAGCUGCCCAAGCAUAAUCCAGGGAUACAGAGUAGUCGCAGUUUCUUUGCAGGUUUCCAGCACUCCCCUAACGACAGCCUGUCAGAUUCCCCAACACCAAGCCUGUCUCCUGGACCCAAUACACCAUGUAGAAGCCCAGCUCCAGAUGUGUCAUGUGAUUCUAACUCACCACAGAGUUCCUCACCAUGCUCAAGCUCUCCAAAUUCACCAAUCCCUCAAAGUCGACCAAAUUCUCUCCACGUUUUGGGAUCUAAGAUUGGCCUUCGCUAUAAUAAAGCAGGCCGAUGCAAGUCUACCAACAGUAUUCCCCCUUCUCCCCUUGCCUGCAAUCCAUCUUCACAACCUCUGUCUCCACAGUGUUCUCCAUCUUCCCUCUCUGGGAUGCCUAAAAGCCUCCACUCAUUUCAUAAUAAGAUGAUGUCCCCACCAACCAUUGUUCGACAGACGGUGUGUCCCCAAAGUGCAGAAUCACCCCACUCGCCAUUGCUGUACAGGAUCCAGUCAUCUGAGAGACUCUCCGGUGCCCAGCAUGGUGACAAAAAGGCCUUUUCCACUCGAAGGCUCACUGUGGAGGUUCCCCAGGGUGAAGCCGAAGUGCUCGAGUCACAAACAAUUGACAUUGCCUCAGGCUUUGUUUGUGUCGGUGACCAUGCUAGACAAGGGUUGCAUCUGGCUGGUCAGCAAGUGAGGGACUCUGAGAGACCAGAGGAGGUGGUGGUUAUGAAGAAGCUGAACUUCUCUGAGAGACGAGAUUCGUUUAAAAAGCAGGAAGCAGUUCAGGAGGUCAACUUUGAUGACAUUGAUAACAUUGAUAACAAAGGUGUCACAUCUCAUCCUCGGUUCAGAGCAGCAUGGGUCAUGGCAACACAGGCAGCGGGGAGUUAUGAAACUCCAAAUAGCAAGACAGAUGAGCUUGGAUCCAAGCUUAAGGAGCAGAGGGAACGAGAGGAUGAGUGUUAGCCUUCGUUAAGUCCAGAAAACUGUGAGACUUGGAUGUACGGUUGCUUCCAUGAUAACCUUAAACAAAAUCAGAGAAAAGGCAGGGGUAGAAGUCUUUGUCUAGCAUCACUUAAAAGCAAAAGUCAUUCACCUGUUUUUUUUUCUAGACAAUGUCCUUGUGGACAUUUAAAUUGUUUUAUAAGUUAGCACAAAGAACUAGUAGAUUUUUGAAAAAAGUUUAUUUAUUACAUUGAAAGUCAUGCAUUUAUAUGAGAUGGGAAUAGAAUCGUCUUACAAUAAAAAUGCUUUGUAAGAAUUUGCACAUACAUUGUCCUGCUGAGGUUCAGUUACCUUUUUUCCAUUCUCUUUUUUUUGGCAAUUUAUCAUUGCCAUUUGGUCAUAUUGAAUGAACAAGAAAUUAAUCUUGCAUUCAGUUGGUCAUGUCCCUCAAUACCCAAAUAAUGUUUGUAUGAAGCCAAUUGGCCAAGGUCGGCAUUUAAGUGUAUUAAAUGUACCUAAACAGAAAGUUCUCAUUACUUAGAACAAAAUGGCUUACUAAUACUAAUUUGGUAAUAUAUUUUUAUUUAUAAUGUUUUGCCAUUGUAUUUUUUGUUACCGCAUUGUACAACUGAAUUAAUUUUAACUGUGUAACCUUGAACACAUUUUCACAAAUGGUGGUUUUAUGUCUAUCAGUGUUUAGUGAAUUCAAGAGAAAAUCAAUUUUCACAACAGCUGCAUGACUGUGUUUUUUUUUUUACUUAUAAUUAUACUCUGCUCAAUAACCUUCUGCGAUGUUGACAAUUUCUUGUUUGGUUAUACAAAAGUUGCAGGAAUUACUUGAUUAUGUGUACCAUGAGCUUUCUGUGUAAUCAUCUGCUGUUUCCUGAUUCAUUCAUCAAAUCUAAAAAUACAGAAGACGAAGUUCAGAAUUUUGUCAAUUUUGUCAAUUUUAACUUGCACUCCUAGCCUGACUUGUCUCUUCUUCUGUAUUACAGAGUAGUGUGCCACUAUUUCCUUGAAUUCACAUAUUAUCUUUUUUUAUUAUUAUUUUUGUACGGUAACGUAUUGCUGUUUUUAAAAGUUCUAUAUCUGUGUUGUCUUAAAAUCUAAAUGCAUCAAGUUUUCUUUAGUUUUUUUCCCCACACAGCCUGAUUUAAGGCUCUCAGAAUUGAUCCAAGCCUCUCGACUUUAUCACUUAACCUCAACUGAGCUUGUAGAGAUUGGAUUUAAGUGAUUAAAUGUAUAAAAUAGCUAAUAAUCCUAUUUUCUGUGGUUUCAGUUAUUUUCCUAUUGGAACUGCAUGUUUUUCAUACUACAGCGCUAUUGUAGCUUAGCUUUGUGUGGAACAUUAACGUGUUCAGUGGCGUGGCAACAAGGGUGGCACGGGGUGGCAGCUGCCACCCUAAAAAAUAGCUUUGCCACCCCAUUUACCACCCCAGAUGACAGCUCGGAUACGGAGGGGCAUCGGCUUAACUUCCCCCCAUCUUAGGCUACUUCAAUCGAUUGGGUCACGAAAAGUACUUAUCAAAUAUAAUCUAUAAUUCACAAUAGUUUUAGUUUUAAGUCUGAUGUCUUUAUUAUGUAGAUAAAGUGCAUUUCUGCC